AUGGCUGAGAAGUACAAUCAUACGCAACCAGCACCGGUUCAACAGCAGCCGAGAAAUGGUGAAGAUCAGUCGACCACUUUCCAAUUCCAGGAUGAGAUCAAGCGUGAGAAGAGAAUGAAAUUGUACAAAUAUAUUGGUAUUUUCAUUGUGUUUCAGAUUAUAAUUUUGACUGUGUUUGGUCUCAUGGUGAUGAAAGUUAAGACCCCUAAGGUGAGAUUGGGCGCCAUCAACAUUCAAAGUCUCAACUCCGUCCCUGCAACACCUUCUUUUGAUGCAAGCUUCACCACCCAAAUUAGGGUUAAGAACCCGAACUGGGGUCCCUUUAAGUUUGAUGCAAGCACUGCAACUUUUUCGUACCAAGGCGUGCCUGUGGGGCAAGUUGUGAUUCCGAAGAGCAAGGCUAGAAUGCGUUCGACCAAGAAGAUUGGUGUCACGGUGAGUUUGAAUUCCAAAGCAUUGCCAAGCAGUUCUGAUCUUGGUAGUGAAUUGAAGAGUGGGGUGUUGACGUUGAGUAGCCAAGCCAAGUUGUCUGGAAAGGUGGAAAUUAUGGCGGUGACCAAGAAAAAUAAGUCCGCCCAAAUGGACUGCGCUAUUGUGUUUGACUUGUCUAGAAAGGCAAUUCAAGCUCUGCAGUGCAAAUAA